GUCUUUUGAAUGAUGAAAUCAAACAAAAAUCAUUAAUGUUGCAAAAGUCUGAUAAAAUGCUUGAAGAGGAAAUUACAAAGAAUGCAAAGUUACAAGAAGAAUUAGCCCAAAAAUUAGAAAUGUUAAGAAAGAAUGAUCAGAGAUUUGAGGAUGAAGCAAAAGAAAGAGAAGAACUAAAAAUACAACUAUAUUUAGAAAGAAAACCCUUGCCUGCUCUACCUAAAGAAGAAAAUAAUACUUUAACUAAGCAAAACACUUUCAAGCAAUUAAAAACAAAGACAAGAGUCAAGGUUCAGCAGUUGCAGAAAUUAAUCAAAAGAAAGAAGUUUCACAGUCAAGCACUUGUUACUAAAAUAGAAGUUCCAGUUAAGUAA